UCUGUGAGACUCGAUCGCGUGGCCGCUCGGAGGGUGCGGUAUGAACAUAACUUCGGACGCAGACGUUUUAUCUUACUUCGAAAUUUAAAUUACAGAUGACAUAAACGUACUUUGAAUACUGUUUUAAUUGUAUAAAUAUUCCAUAUUUAAAAUUCAAAAUAUGUUUGACAAUUGUGUUUGUGCCAAAUAUGUGACGAAGUUUGUUGAAGGAAUAAAACUUUUUAUCCAUGAAGUUUAAUGAUCGUAUAAAUUUAAAUAAGAUGUAAUUAAAAUUACGGUACUUUUGAGUUACUUCGCCUGAAAGUUCAUUAGCUUUCGAUGAUUUAUGAUGCGGACGCGACGGCACGGAAAAUUUUAAUCCCACCUCAUUGACCGGCUUAUGGUAAUAGCAAUGUACACGCAGGAGAAUAGUAGUUUCCAACUAUUAGAAAAUGUAACUGACAACGAGUACACUCCGUAUGAAGACAGAUUAGAAACGUACUUGGUACCAGUGCUUUUCGCAAUCAUCUUUAUAGUCGGCGUCCUCGGUAAUGGCACUCUGGUUAUUGUCUACGUACGGCAUAGGGGCAUGAGAAAUGCUCCUAAUACAUACAUAUUUUCAUUAGCGUUAGCAGACCUGCUGGUCAUUCUCAUCUGUGUUCCAUUCGUCUCCAUCAUUUACACAUUAGAAUCAUGGCCGUGGGGCGAACUAAUCUGCAGAAUUUCUGAAGCUGCAAAAGAUGUUAGCAUCGGAGUAUCCGUUUUCACUCUGACGGCGCUAUCGGCAGAGAGAUAUUGCGCUAUUGUAAAUCCAUUUAGGAAGCUACAGCUACGCAAACUGCCUCUAGUUUGUGCAACUUUUAUAUGGGGUGCGGCCCUUAUCUUCGCAACCCCAGCCGCCGUAUUCUCUAACACAGUUACGAUACAACUACACGACAACAUCACAAUAGUUUACUGCACCCCAUACCCGCCUGGAUGGGAUCAUUACCCGAAAUGGAUGGCGCUAGCGAAAGCUAUCAUAUACUACGGCCUACCACUUCUAGUGAUUGCAUUUUUCUACACUCUAAUGGCACAACGAUUGCUAGCCAGUACCAGGGAAAUGCCUGGCGCUUUCCAUGGAGGGCAAGGCGAGGCUCAAGCAAAAGCUAGAAAAUCAGUCGCUUGUAUGGUUCUAAUUUUCGUAAUUGUAUUCUUCGUAUGUUUCUUGCCUUACCACGCUUUCGAAAUGUGGUACCACCUAUCGCCGACUGCCCAAACGGACUACAAUGAUUGGACCCAUGCUUUGAGAAUAAUGGGAUUUUGUCUUAGUUUCCUGAAUUCUUGCGUCAACCCUGUGGCCCUGUACUGUGUAAGUGGAGUCUUUCGACAGCACUUCAAUCGCUACUUGUGCUGUCGUAGAGGCACUCUCCACCCUACAUGUAGUUCUCGACUCUCCAGGACUGCAAUUUGCGAGACGUCAUUUAGAAGCACCCAUCGACACCGAUGCAACAGGAACCCAACAGAAAGCGUGGUGAUAUCAAACUACGACUAUGGAAGCACUAAAAAGAAGGGUAAUAUCAUAUCAAGGAACAGCACAGAUGGAGUCACCAUAAUGACAAUCAGGGACCCCAACGAUUUCCUAACAGGUGACGUUGACGAGAAAUGUAUCAACAGAUAGACUUACAAGUUGAAUGUCAUUGGACUAAUAACUAAAAGACAUACUUAAAAAUUAUUUUUAUAUUCGGUAACAUCGCUUUUAAUUGUGAAAUGGAUAAAUAAAUUAAAUAUAUGUAAUUUACUGGUAGUCAACAAAUGCACAUAAUUUAAAUGACAUAAAUGUAAUUAUUACUACUGUAAGAUCAUUAAUUUCAGAA